AUGAAAACGGCCGAGGCGAUUCCGGCCGGCCAACGACUUGAAGAGCUGUCGCAAGAACACGACCUGAGUAGCUUGCCGCUGUGUCGCACCCUGCUGCCAGGCGAUAGCGCGGCCCUUAGUUACUGCCUGAACGGGUCCACCUGCCGCAUAGGUACAGGCCAGGGCGGCUACGCGCAGGUCGUCUGCGACUGCUCCGAAAUCGCAACAUCGGACUACUUCUUCGCCGGUCCGCAGUGUGCCACCAAGGUGGCGCGCAUGUAUCGCAUCCAGCAGGCACGCAACCUGGACUCAACCGUGCAAGUGGUGAACACGAGCUUCUUCGAAGACGUGCUGGGAAUGAACCAGUGGAAAAACGACGUGAACUCGAGCGCCACCGAUCAAAUUUCCGAGUUGAUUGCGGCCAACACGUCUGCGGGUGUUUCGACGCCCAUCUCGGCAAGGUCGCGGGAGUACUCCGCCAUCUUGUCACGCGUCGCACGCAUCACCGCAACGUUCUCGGACACCAACAUGCUCACACGCUUGUGCUCGGAGCCUUCCUACACGUGGGAUAAGGUGCCUCAACUGUGUCUACUCACCUCGGCCUUGGCCAGCUCGGAGCGCAGCGUGUUCAACUCGGCGCGGUAG